GUGUGGUUACAAAAAUACGGCUACCUUCCCACGACUGAUUUCAGAAAGUCAGUGCUGCGUUCUGCAGAGACCAUGCAAUCGGCCCUAGCUGCCAUGCAGCAGUUUUAUGGCAUUAACAUGACAGGAAAAGUGGACAGGAACACAAUUGACUGGAUGAAGAAACCUAGAUGUGGUGUACCAGAUCAGACAAGAGGCAGCUCCAAAUUCAACAUUCGUCGAAAACGCUAUGCACUAACUGGACAGAAGUGGCAACAUAAACAUAUCACUUAUAGUAUAAAGAAUGUAACUCCAAAAGUUGGAGACCCUGAGACCAGGAGAGCAAUUCGCCGUGCCUUUGAUGUGUGGCAGAAUGUAACUCCGCUAACAUUUGAAGAAGUUCCCUACAGUGAACUAGAAAAUGGCAAACGUGAUGUGGAUAUAACCAUCAUUUUUGCAUCUGGUUUUCAUGGAGACAGUUCCCCCUUUGACGGGGAGGGAGGAUUUUUGGCACAUGCCUAUUUCCCUGGACCAGGAAUUGGAGGAGAUACUCAUUUUGAUUCUGAUGAGCCAUGGACACUGGGAAAUCCCAAUCAUGAUGGAAAUGAUUUAUUCCUUGUAGCAGUUCAUGAGCUUGGACAUGCUCUCGGACUGGAGCAUUCCAAUGACCCCACUGCUAUCAUGGCACCAUUUUACCAGUACAUGGAAACAGACAACUUCAAGCUUCCUAAUGAUGAUUUGCAGGGCAUCCAGAAAAUAUAUGGUCCACCUGACAAGAUCCCUCCACCCACAAGACCUCUACCGACAGUGCCCCCUCACCGAUCUGUUCCUCCGGCUGACCCAAAGAAAAAUGACAGGCCAAAACCUCCCCGGCCUCCCACUGGCAGACCUUCCUAUCCAGGAGCCAAGCCCAACAUCUGUGAUGGGAACUUCAACACUCUAGCUAUUCUUCGGCGGGAGAUGUUUGUUUUUAAGGACCAGUGGUUUUGGCGAGUGAGAAACAAUAGGGUGAUGGAUGGAUACCCCAUGCAAAUUACUUACUUCUGGCGGGGCUUGCCUCCCAGUAUUGAUGCAGUUUAUGAAAACAGUGAUGGAAAUUUUGUCUUUUUUAAAGGUAACAAAUACUGGGUGUUCAAGGAUACAACUCUUCAACCAGGUUACCCUCAUGACUUGAUUACCCUUGGGAAUGGAAUUCCCCCCCAUGGUAUUGAUUCUGCCAUUUGGUGGGAAGAUGUUGGCAAAACCUAUUUCUUCAAGGGGGACAGAUAUUGGAGAUACAGUGAAGAAAUGAAAACCAUGGACCCUGGCUAUCCCAAGCCCAUCACCAUCUGGAAGGGGAUUCCUGAAUCACCUCAAGGAGCUUUUGUCCACAAAGAAAAUGGAUUUACCUAUUUCUACAAAGGAAAGGAGUAUUGGAAAUUCAACAACCAAAUACUAAAAGUAGAACCUGGGUAUCCGAGAUCCAUCCUCAAGGAUUUUAUGGGCUGUGAUGGACCAACAGACCGAGAUAAAGAAGGACUCAGCCCACCAGAUGAUGUAGACAUUGUCAUCAAACUGGACAACACAGCCAGCACUGUGAAAGCCAUAGCUAUUGUCAUUCCCUGCAUCUUGGCCUUAUGCCUCCUUGUAUUGGUUUACACUGUGUUCCAGUUCAAGAGGAAAGGAACACCCCGCCACAGCCUCUACUGUAAACGCUCUAUGCAAGAGUGGGUGUGA